GAAGAAGAGGUUUAGUCCAUGUGGUGUAAACAUGGCGCUGAGAGCACACUGCACAUAAACACACAGCUGAUUUCACUCAUACUAAAAUACAGUAAACUACACCGCUGCACUGAAAUAUUACAUCCAGAGGAUUAUAAUCACACAGAAUCUGUAGAACAGUAGAAUCUGUAUUAAUCAUGAUGGAGGAUGAGGAGGAGAGGAGACUGCAGGAGCUGGUGUUCGGAGCUGAAGAGCAACUUCUACAGAAACUAGAGGAGAGUGAUGAGGGCAGUGUGGGAGAAGAAUCAAGUGACUCAGAAGAGGAGAAUCAGUCUCGUCUUCAGGUUCCUACAAAAAGAAAAGCAGCAUGGGAGGAUGAGGAUGAUGACGAGGAAGAGGAGGUCGACAUGACACACCGGUUUCGCAAGGACUUUAAGAAGAGUGAUGUAGAAUCCAAAAUGUCCAAACAGAAGCUCCAACAGCGGCUAAAGGACCAGUUUCAGAAGUCAAUGGGUGGAGCUCCUUCCUGGGCUGAGAAAAGUUCUAAGAAAAGUAAGAAAAAAGGGGUUGAUGACAGUGAUGAUGAAAAGGAUGAGGAUGAAGAAGAUGACGAGCUGUUAAAGAAGACUGGUAACUACGUUGGUUCAUCUGAAAGCCUCCCUAAAGGAAUUAUUAAGCUAAAGAUGUGCCUAAAUGCAAAUAACGAGAAUCCAGGUGAGGAUCGACUGACAACAGUGCAGUUCCACCCCUCUGCUCAAGUCGUCAUGACAGCUGGACUGGAUCACACCAUCUCACUCUUUCAGGUGGACGGUAAGACCAAUCCCAAGAUCCAGAGCAUCCACCUCGAGAAGUUUCCGGUGAAUAAGGCCUGCUUCAGUGCCAACGGUGAACAGGUUGUGGCCACAGGAAUGAAAAACAAGCUCUUCUACAUCUAUGACAUGAUGGAGGGGAAAGUAAUCCCUGUGCCCAGAGUGAGAGGCCUGAAUGAGCAGCGAGUGAAGGAAUUUGAAGUUUCUCCAGAUGGAGAGUUCCUCCUCCUCACAGGAUCCUCAGGAUACCUCCAUCUCAUGACCAUGAAGACAAGAGAGGUGGUGCGAAGCAUGAAGAUGAAUGGCAAUGUGUGUGGAACAGCAUUUACCGGUGACGGCAGUAAGAUUUUCGCCAACUCAGAUGAGGGUGAGGUGUUUAUCUGGGAUGUACGCAGCAGUAAGUGUCUGAACAAGUUUGUGGAUGAAGGCUGUGUGAGGGGAACGUCUCUGGCCGUGUCGAGGGACGGACUCUAUGUAGCGUGUGGUUCUCAGUCUGGUGUGGUGAACAUCUACUCCCAGAAUACAUGUCUGCAGGAUUCUUCUCCAAAGCCCUUGAAAGCUGUGAUGAAUCUGCUGACGGCCGCCACUUCACUGAGAUUUAAUCCAAAUUCUGAGAUUUUAGCCAUCGCCUCCCGCGCAGAGGAUGAAGCCAAUCGGCUGGUCCACAUUCCAAGCUUUACAGUUUUCUCCAACUUUCCAUUAUUCCGGAAAAAGACCAUCUAUCGCUCCCACUGCCUGGAUUUCUCCCCCAACAGCGGCUUUUAUUCUGUGGCUAACGACAAGGGUCGUGCUGUGCUUUUUAGGCUGCUGCAUUAUAAAGACUUCUGAAGACCUUCACAUGAACUUUUUAUAAUUUUCUGAAGCCUGUUUUUGAUCCUGGAGUGUCAAAGAACGUUACAUUCUCAGAUGACUCUCGUGGAGCAGCAGCUUUGUUAGCUCCGUGUGGAGCACACAGUUCCCAAAACUGCUGAGACCUGCAGUAAAUUAGAGAUAAUGAGCAUCUCUGGAUGCUCUAAUUGGUUUCACAGUGUGGUUUAAUUGUGGUUGAAUAUGUUCAAGCAAGGAUAAAAACAAAUGUAUGUGUAUGCUUUAUGUGAGUGUACAUUUUAAUAAACAUCUCACAAACAAA